UCGGCGCACCGUUCACAGACGGGCCCACAAGGAGCUUGAGUCCUGAUCGGUCGACACGUACGACAGCGUUGAUAUCUCUCUGGGGAAGUAGGCGAUAGAUCGUCCAGAUCGUUAAACUCGAAAAAAUUGUCUUAUCGAGGAUAUUCAGGAGCAGUCGAACCAUCAAGAUCCACGUGUGUGUCACGAUACGAAAAAAAGAUUUUAUCUCCAAGGAGGUUUUAAAUCCCGAAGAUUAGAUAAAACUUGUCAUUAAGAAGCGCCACAAUACACUCUCUUCAGGCUCGUCAUAGGAAAGGAAAGAAAGUGACAAGGAAAAGGAAACGGAAGCGAGUACUUUUUAGUGAAGAAUCUUGUGAUUGUGUCGGAAAAUGAUUUCCAUCAGCGCCACGACAUACUUUUUGCUUGCCGUCACUCUUGUGGCUUUAAUCUUGAUCCUGGUGGAUCACAUCAGAUCGAGAAAGAUGCCGAAGAAGCUGUACGACGGCGAGGAAGCGUCCGCUCUGCUGGACCCACCGGGACCCAAGCCGUGGCCGAUCCUCGGCUCCCUUCAUAUCUUGGGACGCUACGAUGUGCCUUACAAGGCCUUCGCCGACCUCGUCAGGGUCUACGACAGCCAGGUGAUCAAGCUCAAGAUGGGCUCCGUACCCUGCGUCGUCGUCAACGGAUUGGAGAAUAUCAAGGAAAUCUUGAUCGCCAAGGGCCAUCACUUUGAUUCCCGGCCGAACUUUAUCAGAUAUCAUCUUCUCUUCGGCAACAAGGAGAAUUCCCUGGCCUUCUGCAACUGGUCGGACGUUCAGAAGACACGAAGAGAGAUGCUGCGAGCGCACACCUUCCCCCGUGCCUUCACCACACGAUACAACCAACUGAACGGUAUCAUCGGUGCCGAGGUAGAGCUGCUGGUCGAUCAUCUCAACGGCAUUGCCGGCGAGAGCCUGCACGCCAAGCCGCUGAUCAUGCAUACGUGCGCGAACGUCUUCCUCAACUACUUCUGUUCGCGCAGCUUCCCCCUCGGCGACGUAGCCUUCCGCGAGAUGGUCGAGAAUUUCGACAAGGUGUUUUACGAGGUGAACCAGGGCUACGCCGCGGACUUUAUGCCGUUCCUCAUGCCGCUUCACCAGAGGAACAUGACGAGGAUGAUUAAUUGGACCCACGAAGUCAAGCAAUUCAUGGAGAAGUACGUCAUCGGUGAUCGCCUGGCUAACUGGAAAUCGAUCAUACCCGAGGAGGAUUACGUGGACUGUCUGAUCAAUCACAUCAAGACCGACGCCGAGCCUAAGAUGACCUGGGACAUAGCAAUGUUCGCGCUAGAGGACAUCGUAGGAGGUCACUCGGCUGUCGGCAAUCUCCUCGUCAAGAUACUCGGAUACCUGGUCACCCGACCGCACGUGCAGAGAAUGGCGCAAAUGGAAAUCGACGGAGUCGAGAUUCCGGGCAGAUUCGUCGGCCUCGAGAACAGGGGAAAAAUGCCAUACACGGAGGCUAUCGUUCUCGAGGCAAUCAGAGUGAUCGCCAGUCCGAUCGUUCCCCACGUGGCCAACCAGGAUAGUUCCGUGGCCGGCUACAAGAUCGAGAAGGACACGUUUAUCUUCCUGAACAAUUACGACCUGAAUAUGUCGAAGGAGCUGUGGACAUCCCCUGAAGAGUUUAUGCCAGAGAGAUUCGUACAGAACGGCAAACUUUUGAAACCGGAGCACUUCCUACCGUUCGGUGGCGGCCGGAGAUCCUGCAUGGGCUACAAGAUGGUCCAGUACAUCAGCUUCUCAACGAUAGCCACUCUGCUGAAGAAUUUCAACAUACUUCCGGUGGAGAAGGAAAGCUACAAGGUCCCCAUCGGCAAUCUGGCGCUUCCGGAGAAGAGUUUCAACUUUCAUUUCGAGAGACGGUAGGAUAGGAAGACGACGAUAAAAAGCGAAUCCGGUCGGGUCGACAAAGUCGAAAUACUUCGACUUCUCGUCGAAUGAUCGAUAAUCACAUUCGACAUCUGUGUCGAUUCGAUCACGAGCUGGGCUCCCGAAAAUUUCGCCGCCGAUCGCGGAAUGCGAGGUUGAAAAAACGAUAUUUGAUAUCGUCAAACGCUCGAUAAGCGUUUCAUGCGUCGGCGGAGCUUUUAUUAAAUAUUACGGAGAACCAGUAGCUAAAAAGAGGCUUUUGACUUGAAUGAAGCUUUACUGAUGUUAGGGAGAGUUAGAUACGGGAACGAGUGUGGAAGAUAUUCGAUUUCCGCCAACAGAGCUUUACUGACAUUAUUAGAACGUUAAGAUAAUAGCUAAUUGGAUCGCUCCUCGACUCAUGCCCUAAGCGCAAGAAAGCGCGGAGCCCAGUUUCGAUCUUCUUUAAUUAUCUUCCGUAUUUUAUUAAUUAUCUUAUAUUUGGUGAGAUCUGGAUUUAAUUGAGAGUCACACGAUUUGAUUCAAUUUGAAAAGUAUUAUAGAUGGUAGACGAUUAAUUUGAGCGAAUCCAUUUAAUGUCAAUUCUGAAAUUUUAAUCUUGUGUGUUAAUUUAUAUUAAAAAAUCUUUAAUUUCUUAUUCUAAGUCGAUUGAUUAAAAAUUGCAGUGAUGAAUUAUCGCAUAUAAAGCUACGAGAUCAUUCACGAUAUUCUCGCUGAAUCAAGUGAUAGAUGGCCAAUAAGUCUCGAUCAUAAACGAAAAUUGUUUCGUCAGAAAUCAUCACGCCUUGCUUAUCAUUUGGUGAAUGCUCAUUCGUAAGGUGAGAUCUCUCCCGUUGACAUGUUAAUAAAGUGGAUAUCACAACAAGAGAAAGAGAGAGUGCUAGGGCUAAAGUCCGGACGAUUCACGUAUAUAUAACUUCGAUUUAACACUUAAAGAUAAUCGAAGAAGAAGAAGACUGAACAAUAGCAUCUUCGAGUUAAAACGUGUAUUAACACAUAACUGACAUUUAUCCUUGUUGAAUACAAGGGUGUCGUGUUACAUGCUUCGAAAUCUAUAUUCGCAACAUUGAAUUUUGCGGAAGAUUUUAUUUUAAUUUUCACGGUAAAAAAGCGCGAAUUUUAUAUUUUUCACGUGCGUAAAUUCUGUGUCGUACAUCGCACUUUCGUUUCUUCUUCUUCUUGCCUCACAUACUGAACGACUUGUAGCGUCAUUAAAUUAUAAUACGCGCACGUAUUUCUUUAUCCUCCUUAUAUUGUAUAUUGCCGCUUAAAAAAUUUUAUGACGUAAGAUGGUGCGAAGUAAUUUCUUUUUAGGAAUACGUAAGCAGACAGGGGAGAAAAGAAAUGUAAAGGGUCGCGUUAAAGAACAAAAAUGCGAAGACACGACGUCGUUUUCUCGAAAUGUUCGAAUUCUCGAUUUUUGACAGAUUAUAUUUCUCUUCCUGUACUACCUCGCAGGUAAUAAUUUAUUUUGAUUAUUGAGCAUCUAUUAGAGUAUUACGUUAAUUAUUAUUACAUAUUACAAUUUAUUUUAUCUUAUUAUUAUAUAUUAUAUAUAUUAUAGCACUUACUAUUAUUAUCAUCUAUUAUUAGUGUCAGUAAUCAUGAUAAUCGUCGUCCCAUCUCGUCUUGUUUCUCCACCGAACCCCAUCUACGCUCCACGCUUCGUAAAUUGUACAUUAUUUUGUGUUUGUUAUUUAAUUAUCGUGAUUGUUACGCAAUUUGUUAAUUUAUUAUUUAAGAUUUUAAUAAUAAAAUACGAGAGACAUUUAUAUAUGUAUAUAUAAUACGUAUAUAUAUGUAUUUACAUCGUCAAGUCGUCAUAUGUACAAUACAUUUUUAAUAUAGCUUAACAUGAAUUUAUAAAUUUUGUUAUAAAUUUAUUCACAUUUGAACUGCGGGAGAACAUUAGAAUUGAUAAUGUUUAAAGUUCUACGAAGUAGAAACUCGACUUUUCCGCGAAAAGUAAUUUGUACGAAAAAAAAUAGGUAUAUAAUUCAUUCUAAAAGACAAUCGUUUACAAAAUGACAUUCUAGUCGCGGAGUAAACUCCGAUCGCAGCAUUAGAAAAGUCUCUUCAAUCUUGAGUAAAUAAUGUUGCGUUUCUAAUGUGACACGCGAAUAUAUUUUUAUGCCCGUUAUCGACCAACAUUCGAUUCUGAUCACCGUGCAAACCGGGCCCGUUUGGCUUUAUUGCGGUGAAAAUAAAUCAAAAGAUUUAACCUACGUCUAUUGAUAUAAGGAAGAUUCACAGAAACAAACAAAUGAUGCGUUAUUUGCGUGACUUGUUUGUGAUUAGCACUUAGAUAAGGACCUAUACUUGUCUCAGCGCUUUAAUACUAUUACGUCACAAUUUUUAAUUGUCAAU